AUGCUGUUGGGGAUCCGAAAGCUUCCGCGGAGCUGGGCAGGUUGUGAGAUGCCGGGCGGAGGCCGCUGCCCCGACUGCGGCUCCACUGAGCUGGUGGAAGACGCGCACUAUUCGCAGAGCCAGCUGGUGUGCUCGGACUGCGGCUGUGUGGUCACCGAGGGCGUGCUCACCACCACCUUCAGCGACGAGGGCAACCUCCGAGAAGUAGCGUAUUCCCGGAGCACAGGGGAAAAUGAACAAGUUACUCGCAGUCAGCAGCGAGGUCUCCGCCGAGUGAGAGAUCUCUGUCGAGUUCUGCAGUUGCCAUCAACAUUUGAGGACACAGCAGUUGCCUACUACCAAAAGGCAUACCAGCACCCUGGCAUCCGUGCUGCCAGGCUGCAAAAGAAGGAGGUGUUGGUUGGGUGCUGUGUCUUAAUCACCUGUAGGCAGCAUAACUGGCCCCUGACCAUGGGGACCAUCUGCACCCUGUUGUACGCAGAUUUGGAUAUGUUUUCUGGCACCUACAUGCAGAUAGUGAAGCUCCUGGGGCUGGAUGUGCCAUCUCUGUGCUUGGCAGACCUGGUGAAGACCUACUGUAGCAGCUUCAAACUUUUCCAAGCCUCCCCAUCGCUGCCAGCCAAAUACAUGGAAGACAAAGAGAAGAUGCUGUCGCGAACACUGCAGUUGGUGGAGCUGGCGGAUGAGACGUGGCUGGUGACCGGGCGGCAUCCCUUGCCUGUCAUCACUGCUGCUGCUUUCCUGGCUUGGCAGUCGCUGCAGCCCUCAGCUCGUCUGACAUGUUCCCUGGCCCAAUUUUGUAAAUGGGCAAAUGUGGACCUGCCCUACCCCGCUUCCUCCCGGCUGCAGGAGCUGCUGGCUGUGCUGCUGCGGAUGGCUGAGCAGCUGGCCUGGCUGCAGGUACUGAAACUGGACAAACGGUCUGUGGUGAAGCACAUCAGUGACCUGCUGCAGCACCGCCACACUUUGAUCCGCAAAGCCUUUCGAGAAGGGACAUUAGAGGCGGAGGCCCCGGAGAAGGAGCUGCAGGGACGGGGACCGGGGCAAGGACAGGGAAAAGAGGAAGUGGGGAAUAGCGCCUCCGAGUUACCUGAGGGGAAGCGGCCAGCUAGUCCUGCCCUUCUCCUCCCACCCUGCAUGUUGAAGCCCCCAAAGCGGGUCUGCCCCGCCCCCCCUGCCUCCACGGUCACCGGAGAUGAGAACAUUUCCGAUAGUGAAAUAGAGCAGUAUCUGCGGACCCCUCAGGAAGUGCGGGACUUUCUGAGAGCCCAAGCUGCUGGACAAGCUGCCACAAGUAAUCCUAACCCCCCCUGAUGCACUUGGUGGGUUUGGUGGGGCAGCAGCUUGAUAAUAGGCCUGUCAUGGCCAGAGAAAUAAAUGUGUACAAGCCCUUAGGUAUUGUCUCUGCAGCUCAGAGCCCAGGUCCUGGAGUAGAAAGGAGAGCGACUGUAGGAACCCCUGGGUUGGAGAGAGUCCCAUCCUUUAGUGCCAGAGCGCAGGUUACAUAUGUUCACAUUCUGUGGGGUGGCUUUCCUCUUAGAUGUUGGGCUCUCUUCUGCUCCUGGUCUGAACUGGAUAAACUGAAAGCGCUCAUGGGGCCUCGCUACUGGUGAGGAGCAGUUGGCAUUUCCAUGGUACCAGCCCUCAGGGCAGGAACUGGGCAACUCUUGGCCCUGUGUCCUAGGUAUUGGUGGGUUAAUAUGUAUGGUAUCAUGAGAUCUUCUGCCUCAUAACAAAAGGACCGUGGGUGGACUAAGGUUAUAGCUCAAAGGGCUUUGCAAAAUUUUAAUAUAUUAAAACAAGAGGCAUCUGCUAGAAAACAUUCUAUUGUAUAAAACCCGAGCUUUUAAAAACAUGUUUUCUUUGGCACUUUUUAUCCCCUCCCUCCCCUUUCCCCAGCGUAUUGCAAAAAGCUCUCCAGUGCUAAGGCAUUGGCAGGGUAUGUAAACAGCAGCCAGCAUAUGUGGAAGAAUAAUACAAAGCUUUUUUUCCUGUCUAAUAUGGUCUGUGCAGCAAGCAUAAAUAACAGGAUCCUCCCACGGAGUGUGGGCUUCCUUUCCUCCCUAUGUCUUCUUUCACCUUGGUGAUCAGGCUGGGGUGACAUGGGACUGGGGGGACCUGGGCCAGGCCUCCUUUUCGUGAUGCUCUUCACAAGGCUUCAGGUUCCCUCCACUUUCACUGGGUCCUGUAGUAAAAGGCUGGUGGUUGCUUUUUAGGUUGGGGGGUGGGGGGAGAUAGUGCUGGUGUUUAAAAGUGGAGGUGAAGGCCCCGGGAACUGUAGGGACCCUGCCCACCCCCUGAGGGAUUUGACCUGGGCUUCUGUGUGGCAGGAAGAUGUUUCUGCUGUUUUGGAAGUUUCUCCCUAAUACGGGGCUAGAGGCCAAAUGGUUGGAACGGUUCUUCCAUGUGGCCUCAAGGAGGAGGGAAGUAUCUUCCUUAGUCCCCAGUGUUGGGAGGCUGAGACCCAUGUCUUGUGGUUGACGGGUAAGUACGUCUUCAC